CUUGACUUUUUCUCCCCCCAUAAAACAAACAUCUUUUCAUUUACUUUUUCUCUCUCCAAACCAAACCCUAAAUAAACCUCUCCAUCCGGCCUUGACACCUCUAUUGCAUGCUUUUGUUCAUUUCCCCACCCCCCUCUCUCCCCUCUCCAUCUCUCUAUUUCCCUCUCUGUCUGCAAACCCAAACAAGCAAAACGAAGAAAAAAGGGGGCAUAUAAACAGAGAUAUAAAUACGUAGUGGGAGAGAGGCAAGUUGAAAAAGAAACAUACGUGGUUCUCAAUGGCUGUUGAAGCUAGACAUCUCAGUCUCUUCCCUCCUCAACUUCGAAGCAACAGAGAAAUGAUGAAUAUCCUUGAAGCCAACGGAAACAUAUAUGGAACUCCAAUUGGAUUUGGAGUUCCUCCGUUAUCAGGAACGACAACGGAGACUUUGCCGCCGAUGUACGGCUCUGUAAUUACCGAUUUGGUUGCGGCAAAGACGCCAAUGAAGUCAGACAGUGGCCUCACCAACACUCUUCCCGUUUCAAGAAAGCGCUCCAGAGAUACGAUCAAUCCUAUGCUUUCCUUCCCCAACGGUCAGAAUCCGAACGACAACAACCGUUGCAGUGCUUUCAGCUUUUUCGGUGAAGACAUUUCGUUGCAGAUCCAACAACAACAAUUAGACAUCGAUCGUUUUAUCGCUCAGCAUACGGAGAAGGUGAGAUUGGAGAUUGAAGAACGACGAAAAACAUAUUCAAAUAGGAUUAUAGCGGCGAUGGCGGAAGGUAUGAAGAAGAGAUUGAGAGCGAAGGAAGAGGAAAUCGAGAAGAUAGGGAAGUUGAAUUGGGCGCUGGAAGAGAAAGUCAAGUCUCUGUGUCUAGAGAACCAGAUAUGGCGAGACCUGGCUCAAACCAACGAGGCCACGGCCAACGUUCUGAGAAGCAAUCUCGAGCAAGUCCUAGCGCAGGUUGAGGACGAGCAGCGCCUUCGCAACAACGGCGGUUUAGACGAGGCGGCGGCAUUAGUUGACGAUGCACAGUCGUGUUUUGGCAGCAAUUUCUGUUGUGUUGAUGACGACGACGAUGAUGAUAAGCGCAUGUUAAUGCAGAGCGGAGGAGAGAGAAAGUUGUUGAAGGGGAAAACCAAAAACGAUGAUUGCACUGGUACAAACAAUUGCAAUGGUAAGAGAAGCAACAACAACAACAACGGGAACAGAUGGUGCAGAAGCUGUGGGAAAGAGGAAUCGUGCGUGUUGCUUUUGCCGUGCAGACAUCUCUGCCUCUGUAGUGUGUGUGGUUCGUCUGUCCACACUUGCCCCAUCUGUAAAUCCGUCAAGAACGCUAGUCUUCACGUUAAAAUUUCCUCCUGAGCAAAGAUAAUAUUACCCUUAAAAAAAAAAAAAAGCAAGAAUGUUGAAAUGUCCUCUUUAAAUUUUUCGAAAAUGGAGGAGGAUUAAUGCCCAGUUUACAGACUCUUGAUUCCAUUCCAUGUAAUUUUUUGUGAACUUUUUGCGAUCAUUUUGUUUUAUUCAGCUGAUUAUUUUUUUGUAUUCGGGGUUAUCCUUUUUCUUUGGCAUAAGAUUAGAUGGUACGGCCAAAGGAAUGGGUGUGGGACCCGUGGUGGGUCCCGAAGUGCAUCCGUUUUUUAAUAGGACGAGCGUGGUGGUACGCGUGAAGGAGAGGGAAGUGGGGAAGUCAACGGGAAGAAGCUUGAAAGUGACACGUGCAGUGGAAAGGCUGACACGUAAGACUUGCGGCAAUGUCGCUGUUUGUCACAGAGGGACUGUCCCCACUAUUAAACCGGACCUUGUCCUUGUGUGGGCAGACUGCAGCAAGCAGAUCAUCGGAUGCACUGUGGCGCACGGCUUUAAUAAUAAAGAGUGUUAGACCAGGCACGAGGAUGAGGGUUUAGUUGUGUAGUCACGCCAAAACUGGGUGUAAGAAGAAGAAAAGAGGACAAAAGUGUACCGUAUUUUGCGCAUCGUUGCGUACAUUAGACGGUUUGUUAUUGUUAUCCUUUGGUUAAAAAUUCAAGAAAAAGGAGAAACGUAAAGCGUCGGGCUAUCGGAAGGCUGAACUAUCUCUAUAUCUACAACGGACGGCGCAGGUUAGCUUUGGAAGACGUUGAGACUUGAAUGAUGCCCAUUGUGUGGUGGGGUCUGUUUUGGCUGCAGUCCUCGUCAAAAGGGAGCGACAGAGUACCAGGAUUAGAUUGUAUUAUAUUUUAAUAAAGUUAAAAAUAGGUGGUAGUGUUAAUUUUGGGCAGAGGUUGUGCCAAGUCUGGGUGGGACAUGGCAUGGGGAGGAGGAAGAUGACAAAUUAGUGAAGGCAUAUAAUAAUGGGGGAUGUGAGAGGGAGGGUCUACCUGCUAAAUCUGGCUGUGAGGUUCUUUAUUUUUCACAAGAAACGGUCCCUUUUGAAUUGAUUAGUACGGGCAGGUCAUUGUCAGAGUUACUAUCUUUAUUGUGCAGUGAAUGAAGGGAUUGUUCAGU